CCGGAUUUCCCUGUUGUGCAGCCCAGGCCUGUAAAGCCAUGGCUCCAUCUUUCUGGCCUGCUGUGUACUGAGACCGGAGUGCUGAGGGGGCCCUGGGUGCGGGGAGUAGGCACAAGUGGGCGGUGACAGGGGCUACCUGGAGAUGCUGCUGCUGCUGCUGCUGUUGCUGCUGCUCCUGGUGCUGUUGCUGCUGCUGCUGCCACCGCUGGCCGUGCUCCGGCAGCAGCAGUCCCAGGGGCCCAGAUGGUCCUGGCUUGCUGGCCUCCAGCACCGUGUGGCAUGGGAGGUCCUGUGCUGGGCGGCCGCCUGGCAGCAGCGGAGACUGGAGCAGAGCUCGCUGCACGUGGGCCAGAGCCAGCGGCAGACCCUGAGGGGGUGUCUGAAGGAAGCCCAGGGUCCCCGCUGUCCCCUCACGGGGAGCACAGAUAUGACUACCUUCCGGAAUCAUCUCCCUCUGACCAAGGCAAGCCAGGCCCAGGAGGAGGAAAGUGGGGAGAGGCUCCUGCCUCCUACUUCAAACCAGCACCAUGGGGAGGCCUCUCUGCAGGCCACCUUGCUGGGUCUGGCAGCCCUAAACAAGGCCUACCCAGAAGUCCUGGCUCCCGGAGGCAUGGCCUGUGUGACUCCCACUUCCCCCUGGCCCCACCCCCUGCCCUGGCCUUGCCAUGCCCUCAGCCAGGUUACCCACCCUGGAUCCAAGGCCCCUGGGGCUCUACUGUUGGAGGCACUGAGGUCCCCAGGGCUGCGGGCACUGGAAGCCAGGACGGCAGUCGAACUCUUGGACAUCUUCUUGGGCCUGGAGGCCAACGGUGAAAAGCUGGCUGAGGCAAUAGCUGCUGGGAACCCAGGAGCACCUCUCCCGAGACGGGCAGCUGAGCUGCGGGAGGCCCUAGAGCAGGGGCCCCGAGGACUGGCCCUUCGGCUCUGGCCAAAGAUGCAGGUGGCGGUGACUCUGGAUGCAGGAGGCCAGGCCGAGGCUGUGGCUGCCCUGGGGGCCUUGUGGUGCCAAGGGCUAGCCUUCUUCUCACCUGCUUAUGCUGCCUCUGGAGGAGUAAUGGGCCUGAACCUGUGGCCGGAGCAGCCCCAUGGAGUCUACGUCCUGACCCCUGGUGCCCCCUUGAUUGAGCUGCUCCCAGUCAAAGAAGGAGACCGGGAAGAGGCUGCUGCCACCAUCCUGCUGGCCGAGGCUCAGAAGGGCAAGGAGUACGAGCUGGUGCUGACUGACCACGCCAGCCUAACCAGGUGCUGUCUGGGUGAUGUGGUACAGGUGGUUGGUGCCUACAACCAGUGUCCAGUUGUCAGGUUCGUCGGCAGGCUGGGCCAGACCCUGAGUGUGCGAGGAGAAGACAUGAGGGAGGACGUGUUCUUCGAGGCUCUGGGCCGAGCAGUGGUGCAAUGGCCAGGGGCCAAGCUGUUGGACCAUGGCUGUGUGGAGAGCAGCAUUCUGGAUUCCUCAGGGGGCUCUGCUCCCCACUAUGAGGUGUUUGUGGCACUGAGGGGGCUGAGGAACCUGUCAGAGGAAAACAGAGACAAGCUUGACCACUGCCUUCAGGAAGUCUCUCCCUGCUACAAGUCCCUGAGGUUCCGGGGCAGCGUGGGCCCUGCCAGAGUCCACCUGGUGGGGCAGGGGGCCUUCAGAGAACUCCGGGAAGCCCUCGCUGCCUGCCCCUCGUCCUGCUUCCCUCCUGAGAUGCCCCGGGUCCUUCGGCACAGGCACCUGGCCCGGCUCCUACAGAGCAGGGUGCUCUCCUAAGCCGAGGCCUGCCCAGUGCCCCAGUCACCCCCAAAGGCCACCUCACUCUCUCCUGCGGGGUCUUUCUGGAUGGAGAGCCCUUGGCUAGGGUCUUUGACUCUGUCACCCAACAGUUGUGGAUCAGAGCCGCGGGGGGCCUUAAGGAUGUCUGACUUAGCCAGUUCUAAGCCGGCGACUUCAGGGGUAUAGCAGACGCCCGCAGUGCCUGGCCCAAGUGCACCCCUCAGCCCACACUGGAGGUCACUGCCAGAGAGUUCUGAGACAUGCUGAUGGCUCCCGUGUCUCUCGGCCCCGUGCUCUGGGCAGACUGGAAGUACUGGGAAUUAACGUUCCCAGCAGUGACUCUCAGUCAGCAGGGAACAGGAGUUGUGAAUACUGACCUCGGCUUCACUGUCCCUCAGGGCGACAGUUCUGAAGUGUAUUUUGCACCAGUUGUCCACAGUGGCAGCGCUCUUAUUUACACAGUUCUUAAUGGCUUUCUUUCCAUCACCACUCCCUUACGUGUUUUCUAGGCUCACCUCCCAAAUAAACCUCUUGCACCCAGA